AGAAGAGAGGAUCACGCAACUGAGCAAAGCGAGUCUUUCUGUGGAAUCACUGACAUAAAUAAUUAUCACAAAAAAGCUUUAACUCAGUGAAGCACGGGGGACUGGAUUAAUUUUCAAUUGGCAUUACUGAACUGGAAAUGUUCUUGCCUGUGGAACUUUGAUGACAUUCUUUUAUUUAUAAUAUGACGACUAAAUGAAAACCAUGCAUGGCAUAUACUGGAAGAUUAUCUCGUUUAACAGAGGGAUUGGCUUACAACUGUUCAGCUCGUUAGACCAGACAUUCUGUUGAUCCAGGUUCUUGGCAUGCCUUCCCAUUUAACUUUUUUAGUUUUGAAUUUGUCUAAAUACUUGGGUAGUGUAAUGAAGCAUGAUUACGUUUUGCCUCUUGCAUAUUGAUCAGCAUAGCGACUCAUGGGAUGUAGUAUAUGGAGGACUAGGUUCAACUUUGGACAACUGAAGGCGCAGUCCAAAGUUUCGGUAUUUUUUACCAUGAUUAUUAUUUUCACUUAUUUAUUUUACUGUCUUACCGGAUAUUGCGACUCCCUUCCGAGACCAGUGUAUGACCAUCAAACUUUAACGAACACAAACAAAUACGAUGUAGUGGACACCGUGCAUAACGAAUUCGGCUCUUUGGCGCCUUCACCUCAGCAACAACUUGGCGCACAGGGCCACUGGAACAGAAGUUCUACAAUUUCAGUAGCCCAAGAACUUCCUGGCUUGAGUGAGCUACACUCCAUCCUGCAACAGAUUGGACACGUACAUCAACAGGUAUCGAACGGUGAAACGGCGAAAACAGAAGAUGUCGACAACAGCAUCUCUGUGUUCAACAACUUCGGGACCAAAAAAUUCCCACAGGCCAUAAUCAUUGGCGUGAAGAAAGGGGGUACGAGAGCGCUGCUCGAAUUUCUUCGCAUUCACCCUGACGUUAGAGCUGUCGGUGCUGAGCCGCACUUCUUCGACAGGUUUUAUGACAAGGGACUCGAAUGGUACAGAAACCUGAUGCCUCGGACAUUGGAUGGCCAGGUCACCAUGGAGAAGACGCCCAGCUACUUUGUGACCAAGGAGGCUCCCCACCGCGUCUUCGCCAUGAGCCGUCACACCAAACUCAUUGUGGUGGUCCGGGACCCUGUGACAAGGGCCGUGUCUGACUACACCCAGACCCUGUCCAAAAACCCGGGGCUGCCCACCUUCCAGAACCUGGUCUACAAGAACUCGAGCAGGGGGCUGAUAGACACCUCCUGGAGUGCUGUCCGCAUCGGUAUCUACGCCAAGCACCUGGAGAACUGGCUGCAGUAUUUCCCCCUCUCGGGUCUACUGUUCGUCAGCGGGGAGCGGCUGGUAACCGACCCCGCGGGAGAGAUGGGCCGAGUGCAGGACUUUCUGGGCCUGAAGCGUGUCAUCACCGACAAGCACUUCUACUUCAAUCAGACUAAGGGCUUCCCCUGCCUGAAGAAACCGGAGGGCAGCAGCCGCCCGCGCUGCCUGGGCAAAUCCAAGGGUCGCGCUCACCCCCACAUCCCCCCCGAAGUGCUGCUCCGGCUCAGGGACUUCUACAGACCGUUCAACCUUAAGUUCUACCAAAUGACCGGCCAGGAUUUUGGCUGGGACUGAGCACAUAGGCCUGGUCUUCUGAAAUGUUGUUGAGGGGGCCAACACAAUGUUUUCGCUUCUCAUUUGAUGUUUAGAGGAACUGACUAUGCUGCAGAAAAAAAUGACAUUAGAAUUGAAGAGUACAUAUUGUCCAAAUGUGGUUGGUGAUGGCAAAAUAAUUCUAUCUUCUUGAUACUUUUCUGAAAGGCAUAUAUUAUAUGAAUUUGUUUGUGUUCUUUUGAACUUUUUUUUCUUUCAAAUUAUACUUUUGUUUCACUUUGAAUGAAAACUUGUAUGACUUAUCGCUGCCUGUUCUCCAGUAUUGCGCGUAUCAGGCAGUAAUGUGCCUGUCUGUACAAAACAAGAUAACAGUAUCUUAAGAGAACAAUUAUUCAUUUCUUAAAAAGGUCAUGAGUGAAAAGCACAGAUUUGUAAUCUUGGGUCAAAUAUUUCACAAGCGGUACUCAUUGUGACCUUUGACAUCAGGAGCUUAAAAUACUUGGGCACUUGUAAUAUGUUAUGAAACUGAUAAGCCAUGGUGUUAAUAGCCUAAAUACAGUGUCCAUGUAAAGGCAUCCUUAUCUUCCAUCUAUUUCAGAAACGUACAUGCCUGCAUUCUUUAUUUAUUUUUGCUUUUGGGAGAGUAAAUAUGUGUAUCCGAGCAUAGUUUUUUGUUCUUUUGUCCAAGUGGACAUGGUUUUGUGGCAGUUGGUUGUUGGCAACAUUCAUAUAUCUGAUGUGACAAUGCUGGUUGUUGUUGAGUUUCUUCCCUUCACUAUAAAAUGGUUGGAGAUUCUGAGGUCCAUAAAUGCAAUCCAUCAUCAGCAUAGAGUCAUGUUUUUUUUCAGGAGGAAGUAAAGCUAUUUACUUUAAAAACAACAAUGAAAAUGGCACAGUAAAAUCUACAAUAUUUGUUCUCCUUGUACAAAAUGACAUGGAUUGUUUUUAUUACACAAGGACCCUUUUAAUUUUUUGCUCACACUAUACUAUAAGCAUUAUGCACACACCAUUACCACUUAGCUAUCUCAGUCCAGCUCAGUCCAGGGUGAGAAUUAAGAAAGCACAGAUUGAAUGCAUUCCCCUUUUUCAGUCGCACAAGCCAGAACCAUUAAUAUAAAAACAGUGGUUCCUUUUCACUUACCAGAGAAGAAGCACUUAUUUCUGUAUGUUUUGGAUGUGUUAAAGCUACAAAUAGACACACAUUGUCACAUACUCUACCUGACCAGUGUGAGGCUGCCAUAGGUCUGAUUUAGGGACACCUACCCAGGCUUCAAAUGCAUCUAGGGGACAUUAUAAGUUGAAAAGGGCUAUAUUUUUUUAUAUGUUCCCAAAUCUAUAUAUGACCAUACAGGACAUAAAGGAAUUUCAAGGACGCCCAGGGGUCCUCAGACCUGUUAAAAACCAAGGGUCUAGUAGUGCACCAUAUAGAGAAUGUGACAGUUUUACGUUCUGGCACGUUUUUGUGCUGACAAUGUAUUAAUGAUAUGCUAAGAUCACUGUUUUACAAACUACUACCCAACCCAUGAGGUAACACAGUAAAUGCUGAUAUUAUAUACUGUAGAUUGGGGUGCACAACUCCGGUCCUUUAACAUGCUGAUUCACUCCUGUACUUGAGCCCAGUAAAAUUGUAUGAAUACCCUUGCAGUUUGCAGCUCCAGCUGGUACUUAUAUACAUGUCAAAUUAAGAUAUGAUUGAGCUAAGUACUAAGUGAACCAAAUUGGCCCAUGUUGUGCACUGCUGGUGUAGAAUGACAUUACAUGAAAAACCCUCCUUUCAUCCCUUUGCCGAACGUAUUAUGCAAAACCACCCCUAGCUAUUUAGAAGUGAGAAACAGGAUUUAUUUAUUUAUUUUUGUUUGGUAUACUGAAAGUCUUCAGGUAUUGAAAUAAUAUUUAAAAAGUGUUGCAACAGUGGCUUGAGAGAUUUUCUUUUAUAAAUAAAACCCUUCCUUUUUCAUAGAAGUUGCUGUUGCUUUAUUUAAAAUCCUAUUCAUUUGCUAUGUAUUUCACACAUUUCAUUGUUUAUCUGUGUACAUUUAUGUACAGCCAUCUCUGCUGGUCCUCUCUGAUAUCCUUUACUUGCUGUAAAUUUCAUUGAGAUGAAUGCUGGAUUUCUGUUGGCGUUUGUCUUAUUCUCCCGGUACAAUGUAAAUCUAUAAAGAACAUAAAGUAUAUGCGAUAUUCACUGUAAAUCACCACAUGUAAUUUAUACUGUAAAUGUCAUGAUAUUGGGGAUCAUGGUCCUAUGUACUGGACAUAUGGAAAAAGGUGUUUUAAUCCUUAUUUUUUCUAAUCCAAAACUAAUACUAUUCUUUUUAUGUACAAAAAUGUAUUGCUAAUUUAUAUUAAACAAUACUGUUCUCUA